GUGACAGCCCCGUGACUUGACGCGGAAGUAAACCUCUCAUACACAAAACACGGGAUUAGCUUCAGAACUCUUUGCCUCUUGUUUUAUCUUGUUUGUCUUUUUUAUAUCUGAAAAUGGACGGAAAUGUGAGAUCUUCUUUAGACUCUUCAGCGGGACCUCCACCUUACUCCAGAGGGAAUGAGGGCUCUCUGGUCUCUGCCCUCAAAACCCUGCUGUUUUUUACCAUCCUCAUGGUCACCCUCCCCAUUGGACUGUACUUCGCUUCAAAGGCUUUCAUCUUUGAAGGUUCAUUGAAGAUGUCCAGUUCUGAUAGUUACUUCUAUGCUGCCAUCGUUGCAGUUCUCGCCGUGCAUGUGGUGUUGGCUCUGUUCGUAUAUGUGGCCUGGAACGAAGGCACGCCUAAAGGGAAAGGCAAACACGAUUAAGACUGUUCUUAUCAGCCACAAGGAGCGACAUGGUAUGGAUCAUGUAGUCUUCCUCUGAGGGCUCCAGCAGUAAACCUAUUAUAGCUGUCCAGAGAGCUCCAAGAUCUGUUUUGCGUAGGCUUUGACGGUAGGGUUAAAGUAGCAAAACACAGUGGAGUCUUCGCUGGUUUUGCAUCCUUUGGCUCUUGUUCUUGAAUUUGAGUGUCAAUGCUCUUCUGUCCUGCUGCUGUAAAGGGCUAUGCAGUGGCAAACUUAUUCUUCUAAGUGGGUUUUGUGGAGAUGCUAUUAUUAGGGAUGUACCAAUCCAGCUUUUUCAGUUCAGACACAGAUUUAAAGACUAUAGCCUUAAGUAUGUCCCGAUCGCCAAUAUCAACCAAUACCAACGCAGAGACUGAGAACAGCAUUUAUUUCCUUUAAAUAAAAACAAAAUAAGACAAAACUGAGCCAAACUGAAUGUGUUAUGUAGCUGUUAUUUACCCCUGAAGUAACUACAGUAUAAAUAUAAGUUCAAAUCUCCGCCGAUAUCUGAUACCAGCAUUGGAUCGGUGCAUUCCUAACUGUAAUGUCUGAAGACGGUUACAGAUCAUUCUUUUAACUUAACUGAAAAUACAGGCACCAAAUCCUCCUUCAUGUCACAUCAAAGACACAUCAGCCGUGGAGGAGAAUACUUAGUCUGGAUUCGUCUGUGUUUUUUGUACAGUUUUGUGAAAUAGUUAGUGCACUGAACAAUGAUCUCGAAUACCAGAGCUACGUUUACAAAAUGAAAACGGUAGAGAGCUUUUAACUGUCACAGGAAAUCAAGUGUCUCCAAAGCAGCAGCCAUUAUCCAUUUAUUAGUGCACAGUUAGACAUCUAAAGUAUAUGUUUCCAGUCUCCGUAGGCAUGUGAUGAAUCCAAUUUGAAUUAUUCAGCUACUUGAAAUGCUUUGGAGAGCUACUGGUGGGAGACCCCUGUUAUAUGGACUUUUUUCCCCCAAUUUGUCACUCAAAAAUAAUUUCAGUCAUAACAAAAACUUAACAUUUGGUGAAGGCAACAAUUGUAGAUAUAAAAUUUUGUUUGUGAAGUUAUUAAUUCGAUUUAUUUUGUUGUAUUUUGUUGAAAAGCAGUUCAGCCUCUAACAGACUCCUGCUAAAUUACAAUGGUCUAGAAUAUUUUGCAUGAAUGUUAUAAGGAUUUAGUCAAAUAUUAAAGGUUUUGAUGCACUAAACUUCAAAAUAUAAGAAUUCCAGAAGAGUUUGCUAACUUUUUCACAUGACUACUGUGUUGUGUUGUCUUAGAAAAUGAAACAGAAAUGUGUUUUAAUGCAGUGUAUCGUGUUGUGUUUAUUUAUGUCAGUUUAGUUGAGUGUUGAGUAAAUGUGAAUAAAAUUACAAUUCUUUUUUUUUUAUAAAAAUGCAAUGAAAAGCGUUGUAAGUUUGUGGAUUCACAGCAAUAACAUUUGAGGUAAUGUUUGAUUCUUUACUGUAGAUAUGAAUCAUCAUAAUUGUGCUGUGAAGGAAAUUAUAUAACUCCAA